AUGAUGAACGUGAGCCUUGUGACAACGUUCUUCCUCACAGGCCUUCCCCACACACCAGCCCUGGGCUCCACACUCUUUGGCGUCUUCCUGGUCGUCUACAUCCUCACCGUGCUGGGGAACCUCCUCAUCCUGCUGGUGAUCAGCGUGGACUCUCGCCUCCACACCCCCAUGUACUGCUUCCUCACCAACCUGUCCUUCAUCGACAUGUGGUUCUCCACUGUCACGGUGCCCAAAAUGCUGAUGGCCUUGGUGUCCCCGGGCGGCGGGGCCCUCUCCUUCCACAGCUGUGUAGCACAGCUCUAUUCCUUCCACUUCCUGGGGAGCACUGAGUGUUUCCUCUACACAGUCAUGUCCUAUGACCGCUACCUGGCCAUCAGUUACCCACUCAGGUACACCAGCAUGAUGAGUGGCAGGACGUGCGCCCUGCUGGCUGCUGGCACCUGGCUCAGUGGCUCCCUGCACUCUGCUGUCCAGACCACCUUGACAUUCCGCUUGCCCUACUGUGGGCCCAACCAGAUCCAGCAUUACUUCUGUGAUGCACCACCCAUCCUCAAGCUGGCCUGUGCAGACACUUCAGCCAAUGAGAUGGUCAUCUUUGUCACCAUUGGGGUGGUGGCCUCAGGCUGCUUUCUCCUGAUAGUGCUGUCCUACGUGUCCAUUGUCUGCUCCAUCCUGAAGAUCCGCACCUCAGAGGGGAGGCACAGAGCCUUUCAGACCUGUGCCUCCCACUGCAUCGUGGUCCUGUGUUUCUUUGUUCCUUGUGUUUUCAUUUACCUGAGGCCAGGCUCCAAGGAUGUCAUGGGUGGGGUUGUGGCUAUUUUCUACACUGUGCUGACCCCACUGCUCAACCCAGUUGUGUAUACUCUGAGGAACAGGGAGGUGCAGAAAGCUCUCCUGAAGCUAAAAGACAAGAUAGCACUUGUUCCGAGUGAAUAA